UCACUGUCGGGCGAUGCGGCGAAAGGCGAAGACCGUCAGCCAUGAGAACAAGGAGGAGCCGGCUGGUCAGUCACAGCCGCAAGCAGCUCCUAUCUCAGGCCUCCUCGUAUUUACAGUCAUGUUCUCUUGCCGUCUCCUCGGAGCUCUCAACGUUCCGAUACUUGACUGUGACGAGGUCUUCAACUACUGGGAGCCUCUUCAUUUCUCGCUCUUCGGGAGAGGCUCGAGGACAUGGGAGUACAGCCCGAGGUUUGCUCUGCGAAGUUACUUCUACAUCUUCCUGCAUGCGGCUCUUGUCAUGGCAGCAGAACCGUUUCUUCAUCUUCUCUCCCCUUUCCUUUCAAAACAUCUCAUGCGCAAGAAACUUCUCUUCUACGCUCUACGAGCAACUCUUGCCUGUCUGAGCUCCGUCUGCGACACCAAGCUGUUCCUCUCCGUUCGCAGGUUGCAUCAUCCAAAUACGUUCAGCUCAGUCACUGUGAUGCUGUUUCUUUCUUGCAGCACUGGACUCGUGUUUGCGAGCUCUGCGCUUCUCCCCUCGUCGUUCGCCAUGUGUUUGAUCUCCUUGGCCUCCUCCUCUCUUGCCGACCUUGUCAACCGCGAGGCACUUCACAGCGAGUCCUCGCUCAGAGAUCGAACGAUCCUCUGCAUGGCCAUUGCAGCCCUUGCGGGAUGGCCUUUUGUUGCAUUGUUGGCCCUUCCUAUGGCUAUUCUUCUUCUGCAUUUCUUCACCUUCAAUGAGCUUAUCCUCUCUUCGAUCAAGGCAUCGCUCAUUGUUUUGACACCUAUGCUACUUAUUGAGUACUUGAUGUACGGCAAAUUUGUGUUACCUUCGCUCCAGAUUGUUUUAUACAACGUUCUCGGUGUUGGCGGAGACUCAACCUUGUACGGGACAGAAGAGUCUGGCGCACAAGGAGGAGAGGUUGCAAGUGUGGAAGUUCCGCCCUCGCUCACUUCACGACCCCUCAAGCUCUGCGUGGGGAAGGAGUGGUACAGAUUUCCAAGUCACUUCUUUGUGGAAGGAAACUGGACGUCUGUUCGCUUCAUCCGCUCAAAGUUUGAUGGGCAGUUGCCGGGUCUCUUCUCUGAAAGCUCGGGCAGCUGGUGGGGGCGAGUGGAAGCAGCGAGGAGAGAGGACGAGACCUUCAACAGCAGGAACGUGCAGGACACGAGCAGACUGGAGCGAAGUGAAGACUGCGCGCUGCUGGUGGAUAUGGUGGCUGCUCAUCAGCAGGAGGAACAUUACGAGGUAGGGCGAGUUGAGCCAGCGCUAGGAAGCCCAAGAGAAGGAGGAGGAGUUGAAUGA